GUUCUAUCUCUCCUGGAGAGUCCCCAAAUGGCUCAAGGAGCCCCAUGUUCUGCAAUGGCAGUGGGGUCAAGGGAAGCUUUGACCCUGAGGACUUGAACCUGACUGAUGAGGCCCUGAGGCUGAAGUACUUGGGGCCACAGCAGAUAGAGCUGUUUGUGCCCAUCUGUGUCACAUACCUGUUGAUCUUUGUGGUGGGCACUGUGGGCAACGGGCUGACCUGCACCGUCAUCCUUCACUACAAGGCCAUGAACACGCCCACCAACUUCUACCUUCUCAGCCUCGCUGUGUCCGAUUUGUUGGUGCUCCUGGUGGGCCUGCCCCUGGAGCUUUACGAGAUGCAACACAAUUACCCGUUCCAGCUGGGCGCAAGUGGCUGCUACUUCCGAACACUGCUCUUUGAGACCGUCUGCCUAGCUUCAGUGCUCAAUGUCACAGCCCUGAGUGUGGAGCGCUAUGUGGCCGUGGUGCACCCACUCCAAGCCAAGUCUGUGAUGACACGGGCCCACGUGCGCCGCAUGCUGGGGGCCAUCUGGGUCCUUGCUGUGCUCUUCUCUCUGCCUAACACCAGCCUACAUGGCCUCCAGCAUCUGUAUGUGCCCUGCCGGGGUGUGGUGCCUGACUCAGCUGUGUGUACGUUGGUGCGUCCCCGUGUCUUCUACAACUUGGUGGUACAGACCACCACACUGCUCUUCUUCUGCCUGCCCAUGGUCACCAUCAGUGUGCUGUACCUGCUCAUUGGGCUGCGGUUGCGGAGGGAGAGGAUGCUGCUCCAAGAGGAGAUCGACGGCAGGAAAGCUACAGCCGCCCGGAAGACCUGCAGCAGAAGGCUUCUGCUUCGAGAUAGGGGACGGAGACAGGUGACCAAGAUGCUAUUUGCACUGGUUGUGGUGUUUGGCAUCUGCUGGGCUCCAUUCCAUGCUGACCGCCUCAUGUGGAGCUUGGUGUCCCACUGGACCGAGGGCCUGGUCCUGGCCUUCCAAUUUGUGCACGUUGUAUCUGGUGUCUUCUUCUACCUUGGCUCAGCCGCCAACCCAGUGCUCUACAGCCUCAUGUCCAGUCGCUUCCGUGAGACCUUCAGGCAAGCCCUGGGCCUGGGAACCCAAUGCGGUCGCCGCCACCAACACUGUCAUGGCUCCCAUAACCUCAGCAGAUUGACCACAGGCAGCACCCUGUGUGACUUGGGUUCCCGGAACAGCAGGGCUGGACCCCUGGCUGAGAAUAGGGAUCCAGGGUUUCAGCGGGAGACAGACCCCUCCUGAGUAAAAUCUCAAAGGAGGCUCACCCCGGGCCAGAGGGCCCCAGACAGCCUGGGGAGCUACUGGGACCCAUACCGCAGUGACUCCCACCCUGCCCACGUAUUUGAGUGUUGAGGGAAACAGCAAGAAGAGGAUUGAACCUCGAUUGAUAAAGACUAGAACCAAGGGCCUGGAAAGCUGACUCAGCAGUUAAUGCUUGCUGCUUCCAGAGGACCGGAGUUCAGGUCCCAGCACCCACACGGCAGCUCACAACUGCCUGUAAUAGCAGCUCUAGCUCAUCUGACACUCUCUUUUGAAAGCUUCAGAAG